AGAAGCUUCAUUACCUCUCACCUGGACCCAGGACAGCAGAAGACAUCUUCACCAGGGGGCGGUUGUUAGCUCUGGAGGCCAUGUUUACGCUGUGUACAUUUUUCGUGCUCUUCCUGGGCGCGGUCUACUGUCAGUUCCCGAGGUUAUGUACGACAAGUGCAGCUCUUCGGUCAAAGACUUGCUGCCCACCGUGGCAGGAUGGCAGCCCCUGUGGAUCACGAUCUGGACGUGGCCAGUGCAGAGAUGGUGUGGUUUUUACGCCCCUGGCUGCCAGCCGAGCUCGCCAGUUUUACGACGACCGAUUGGACUGGCCACGUUUUUACUACGACAGAACUUGUGAAUGCUUCGGAAACUACAGCGGCUUUAACUGUGGCCGGUGUAAAUAUGGCUACAAGGGUGACAAGUGCGAUCGCAAAAAGACUGUGGUCCGAAAAGAGAUCCGCCAGCUCUCGUUUCUGGAAAGGAAGAGGUUUUUUAGUUACUUAGCGUUGGCCAAAACCACAAAAAGCGCUGAUUUUGUGAUCCUGUCCACGGGGGACAGACACCUCCGGCACACGUACCACUUCGUGGACGCCUCCAUUUUUGAUAUGUAUGCCUGGACCCAUUAUUACUCCAUGAAGCCCAUUCUACUCAACGGCACAUUUGAUUUUAACAGAAACUACGCCCAUCAGGGUCCGGCCUUCCCCGGCUGGCAUCGUUUGUAUCUCGUGUUUUUUGAGGAGGAAAUUCAGCGCCUGACGGGUGAUGAAGAUUUCGCCAUUCCUUACUUUGACUGGAGAGGAGAAAAGAACUGCUCCAUCUGCACCAAUGAAUUUCUUGGCGCAAGCAAUGCACAAGGCUUCCUGGACGAUGACUCCCACUUCGCAUUUUGGAAAUCUAUUUGCAGCGGGUUCAAUUAUCCUGAUGCCUAUUGCCAAACUGCUGGGGACCAGUGCCAGAUGGAGAGACUCCACAGGAAGCCGGGUUCAGAUCCCCGGGUCAAAAGUUUCCCCACCUUCCAGGAUGUAGAGGACACCCUGAAAUGGAGAGACUUCGAUAGAUUCCCCUACAAUGCUAGUGCAGAGAGGAGCUUCCGGAACGCUUUUGAAGGUUUCCUGAGACCAUCCGAUGGGAUAACACUGGAGCGCAAUAUGCACAACGCGGUUCACAUUUAUUUGGGGGGAACGAUGUCUCAGAUCCCCAUCUCCUCCAACGACCCCAUAUUCCUGCUGCAUCACUGCUUCAUUGACAAGAUAUAUCAAGUAUGGCUGCAGAAAUAUAACGCGACCCCAGCCGACUACCCAGAAAAUGAUGAGCCCGGACAGGGCCCCGAUGAAUGCUCCACCCCUUUCUUUCCUUGUUAUAGGAACAAGGAUUUUCUGAGCAAUUCUACUGAGCUGGGAUACAUGUACUCUAAGUAUCAGGGGAUGUAAGGUAUCCACCUUCAAGUGAAUGUCUUUGUAGCAAUGCUUGGUGUUGUUCUUGCCUUCUUGUAAGUUUUCCUGUUACCGUAUCCUCCUCUCUGCUGCCAUAUGUCCUGCUCCUGGGAUAGAUGAGCAUUUUAAGGACGGUAGUCGCCCAGUUUUUACCUAUUGGUAAUUAGUCUUCUUAUGCAGGGACUCGUCCCCUGCUCCUGUGUCACUAUGAACACAACUUCUUCCAUGAUGAGUCCGACUUUGCAUUUUGGAAAGUGAGUAUUAUUAAUCUUUGCUUUGCAUAUUAUGAACUCAUUUUUUAAGUCCCAUUGUGUCUUAUAUUCUAGGCCAGGGAUGCCCAACCUGCGGCCUGCCAGCUGUUGCAAAACUACAACUCCCAGCAUGCCUUAACAGACUAUAGCUAUCAGCCUACAGCAGGGCAUGGUGGUUGAGCAUUCCUGUUCUAGGCACAUCCAGAGCUUCAUUCAUAAUUCUGCUAGUUCUAGCAAUUCAGGUUCAUACCCCAAAGUAGUCCCCUUCUGGUUCCGUGUCUAUGUGUUGUACUGCAUUGCUGGAGAUAUAGGGUUCACUCCAGGUCCCAGAUAUAACAGCCUGACCUAAAAGGUAAGCUCCUGGGACCUAAUACAAGUCAGUACCAGGGUCCCGACCCCACAUGCCAUUUUUAAUACUGGUGUCUUGUAAUGUGGCAGAGAAGCCUUUGUGCCUACUCAGGCGUCAGGACCUAGGUGCUUCUCCAGCUUCUGCAUCCCCUAUAGCUAUGGCUGAUAUGAUAUACUUGUCCCAUAAUAAUCUGCUGGAGCUGUGCAUGCUAGUGAAAAGAUUCAGAAAUUUGAACGCAGCUUUGGAUAUGAUUAGAGUAUGAGACAUGAAUCAAAUCAGAGGAAGGGUAUUCCGACUGCUGUCACGAAUGGCUGAGAGUGGGAAUAAUACCCCUUCAAGAAGCCAAUGAACAGAACUUUUAAAUGGAGGAGGAAAGCCAAUCAGUUGAUAGGUGCAGUUAAACUUGCAGGAGGGCACAAGAAAACAAGGCAAGCGCUUCUAAAGAACCACAAGAUGGUUCGAAGUAAUAUCAUAAUCAUAAUAUCAUAAUAUAUAUACAGGUGAAACUCGAAAAAUUUGAAUAUCGUGCAAAGUUCAUUUAUUUCAGUAAGGUGAAACUAACAUAUGAGACUCAUUACAGGCAGAGCGAGAGAUUCCAAGCCUUUAGUUGUUACAAUUUGGAUGAUUAUGGCUUACAGCUUAUGAAACCCCAAAGUCUCAAUCUCAGGUCCCCUUUGCUCAGGGGGUAAGGAUUAAUUAGCUGACUAUAGUCUGACACUUUGAGCCUAGAAUAUUGAACCUUUCACAAAAUUCUAAUUUUAAGCUGCAUUACUGAAAUCAAUGAACUUUUGCACUAUAUUCAAAUUUUUCGAGUUUAACCUGUAAAUUAAUCAUAUAUCUGUAUGCAGUCUACCGAUCACAUUGCACGUACAUCUACCUCUAGCUAUUAUUAUUUUAUGUCUGAUUUUGGCUUCCCACUACAGAAGUUGGCCAGAUUGCAAUAUGAUUAUCCCCAGUCUGAUGGGAGUUAUAGUCUCUAUACGGAUAUUAGACACAAUGAGAAUGCUGGGAUUACACUAGGGUUAAUGAGGCUGCGCUGUCCUAUUACGGCUGCUCAUGAACGUCUGGUCACAGAUAAUGGACUUUACCUUCUCGGUUACAUUAAGUAGAUGAGGGGACAAUGGUUGCCAUUUCCCCAGAUACCAUAGAGGAGUGCCCCCCCCCCUCUCCAGAGGUCACAGGUCACUGCAAUCAUCCUAAUUGUGGUGUGUUUUGUAAAUAUCGGCAGUUACAUUGUAUCUGUCCUGCCUCUUCCUUUAUGUAGUGUCCACAGCUAUGGGGCAUAUGGAGAGUGGGUGCUUUAUAUCAGCUUGGUCCCUUCGUCUGACUCUGACUAAGGCUACUUUCACACUCGCGUUUUUCUUUUCUGGCACCGAGUUCCCUCAUAGGGGCUCAAUACCGGAAAAGAACUGGUCAGUUUCAUCCCCAUGCAUGCGCAGUCC